AUGUAUAUUCAUAAAAAAGAAAAUAUGAAUUUGCAUAUGAACAACAAUUUCAGUGGUUUAAACAAUCAUAUAUAUAAUACACAUUUUAAUAAAAAUCAAAAUUAUUUUCAAAAUAAUCGAUAUAAUUGUGAUAUAUACAACACCUUUUGUAACGACGAGGUGAACGAUUUUAACGAACCCAUCGCGCAUGGAUAUGAUCAAUACAUGCACAAAAAUAAAACAUAUUCUAACAUUAAUAAAAAAACAUGUGCGUUAAUAAGUAUGGGGCAGAAAGGCAGCAAAUCCGAAAAAAAAGAACUAUAUAAUAUUAAUAAUGAUGCAUAUAAUAAUAUAUACAGCAAUUUGACAUAUAAUAAUGCAAAUGAGUUUAAAAGAAAAAACUUUAAUUUAAAUAACAUUAAAAUUCUAGAUGAAGAAGAAGAUAAUUAUAAUAGCAAUAUCAAUAAUGUAACCAAUGGAAAACAUACCGAUGGGUUAUCCAAUAAUAAUCCAUAUCAUUACAAUCAGCAAAAUAAUACAAAUAAUUUUCGUAGUUAUAAAAAUGAUAAUACAAAAGAUACAUCAUAUAACUAUACAAAAUUUAAUAGAGAAUAUGAAACAAACAUUAACGGAGCUAAAUAUAAAAAUAGUGAUAAAUAUGGUAUGAAUUAUAAUGAUAAUAAUUAUAUGAAUGAUCGUCGAGCUAAUAGUUCCAACUUGAAUGUUAGGGCAUUCCCUUUAUCUAACCAAGAUUUGGGAAGUGGUGAUAAUCAAAAUAAUUUUCAAUUUAUUUAUAAUACCUAUAAAAAUAAUGAUGCCAAUUUUUAUUAUGACAACAAAUUAAAAAAUUACAAUUAUAACAUAAUAUCAGGAGCCAAUGCUGACAAUGUUAAUAGCAUGUUAGAUGAAAAUUUGAACGUAAAUAAAGAACCUAUAAAUUCAAAUUACAAUUGUUUAAACUCAAAUAGACCAUAUAGUGAUUACAUAAGAAAUAAUGAAAAACAAUCAGAAAAAAAUUUUAACAGCUUUAACAAUGAUAAUUGUCCUUUUGAUAAAGUUGGGGCAAACAAUGACGAUAAACAUAAGUAUCUUUACGAUAAUCAGAAUAAUUCAAAAGUUAUGAAUCCAUACAAUAAUGAAAAUUAUUCUGAACAACGUUCCUCAUUUUAUUCAAAAAAUCAAAAUGGAAUGACAAACAAAAAUCAUUUGCUCUAUCCAAACAUACUAUCCUUCAGAAACAAAGAAAAUGAUGAAAAUGAAAUAAAAAUGGAAAAAAAAAUAAAUUUAUUAAAAAAUAUUAUAAUUCAAAGCCCAACAAAAAAAUAUAACUCGAGUUUAAAUGAUGACAUACACGAUAGUUAUUCUAAAGAUAAUAUAUACGCAAAUAUGAUCAGUGAAUAUACUUCGAAUACUGGAAUAUUAGAUAAAAAGACAAAAUAUAUAAACAAAGAAAACUCAAAUUUUGAAGGAAAUCAUAAUACGAAUCUUUGUGAUGAUUUAAAUUCAUUUGAAAAACUUAAUGAAACACCAAAUGUAUUUAAUAAAAAUAAUUUUAGAAAUGAUAACUAUUUUCAUUAUAAAGAAAAUAUUGAAUUAAAUGAUAAGUACAAUUUUUCUAAUACUGAAGAUAGAGAUUUAAAAAAUUCCAAAGAAGAUGAUCAAAAAUACCAUCGUGAUAAUCCAAAAGGAAAAAGAAGUCAUUCCUUUGUUGAUUAUUAUAAUAAUUUAAAACAUAUGAACAUGCAGGAUGUUCCAUUUGACACAUCAAGUAAUUUAUGUGGUAAUAAAUAUUCUAAUCUUACUCAAUAUUCUAAAAAUGGAUAUGAAAAUAAACCAUACAACUAUUUGAGCGAUAGCAUUUCAGAUACAACACGAUUAGUAGAAGGAACAUAUCCUAAAGAUAAUAUAUCAUCACUUUAUAAUGGUACAAAUAAAAAUGAUGAUUUUAUUGACAAAUUAAAUUACAAUGAUGGAAACACUUAUAACGAAUUCAACAAUCUUUUCAAAAAUUCUGAGCUACGAAAUACUGAAUUUUCUCGAGUGGGCACAAAAAUAAAUCUCCAAAAUAAUAUAUAUGAAAACAAGUAUGAUAGUAAAUAUAAUGAUGUAAAAGAAAAUUUUAAAUUUAAUACUAACCCAUCUGAGAUGCACAAUAAACCCUUUGAUAAUUACGAUCUAUAUAAGCCGAAUAAUCAUCAAAAUUAUAUUAACAAUAAUUUUAGAAAUAAAAUAUAUAACAAAAAUGAUAUGACAACGUUUCCUAUUAAUAUUCCUGUAAACCCGAGAUCUAUGCCUGGAAAAAUCAUUUCAAACUUGGAAAAGAAUUCAUCUAUAACUCUUAAUAAUAACCCACACUAUUCCAAUUUGAUGGUAAACAAUCGUAAUUACGGAACAAAUGAAACGACUUUGUCUUUAAAUUCUUAUGAACAAAAAAAUAAUUUAAAUUCGAAUAUUAUAACAAAUUUUGAAGAUAGUAAUAUUGUAAAAAAAGAAAAUUAUAAUAAUAAAAUAAAAAAUAAUGAUUUGUUUUAUACAAAUUUAAGAAAAAAGUAUGGUCUUUUGGAUAAUCAUAAUUAUAAAGCAACAAAUAAUAAUUAUGAUUGUAAUAUUGCAAGUACUGCUAGUAGCAUUUCAAGUAUUCCACAUAAUAAAGACGACAAAUUAGGAUCUAUAUUUAUUAAAAAAAAAAAUGAUACUCAAAACUUUAUGUCGAAUAAUCCCUCUUUAGGAACAGAAAAUAAUAUGUACAACUUUUCUACCCAUAAUCAACAAAAUGAAAACACAAUUAAUACUACAAAUAUGAAUCAUCAAUAUAGUGAUAUUAUUACACGAAAUAGACAAUAUAAUCAACCUCAAAGUUUACCAGGUGCUAUCUAUAAUACAUUUUCUAAUAAAAUUAACAAAAUAGAUCAAUCUAUGUUUCACAGAAAUGAUCAUAAUUUAUUUAAUCAUAAAUCUUCAAGUAUCAAUGCAGACCCUACUUCUUUUCAAAGAACAAAUUAUUAUGAUGAUAAUGAUAAAAAUAAUAUUUUUUCUGAAAAAAAAAAUACAAAUAUUUUUAAUAAUAUUAUUAAAAAAUUUACAAAUGACACAGAUAAUAACAAAAAUGGAAUAUAUGAUACGGGUUCUAUAAAAACAUUACCCUCUUGUUUAGAUUCGAGAUUAGAUUCAAAUUUACAAGAGGAAAAUAUUUUUAGCAAAAAUUUUACAAGUGAUGAUCCUUUAAAUUUAGGAAUAAAUAAUAUUAAUCUUUUUCAUAAUGUAAACAAAAAAAAUAUUCACACUAAAGGAAACAAUACAUACAAUUUGAAUUUAAAUAAACAAUUGCCACCAUUGCCUUUUAAAAAUUUUACAAAAAAUAAUCCCCUAAAUAAUGAACUUUAUGGAAAUAAUAAUGAACAAACUUUAAUUAAUGAUAAUAUGAACACACGAUUUGGACAACGAAACAUUUUGGGUAUGAACAAGUCAGAAGAAAUGAACACAAAUUUAAGCACCUUUAAUAAUAUAUCAAAUAAACCACUUUUUAAUAAUUAUAAUUUUGAAAAUACAAAAACAAAUAUAAACACAGAUGAUUCAAUCAAAAAUAAAAUAAAAACAAACAUAGAAACAAAUAAUAUUUUUGAUAAUAAUUAUAUUUUUACAAAAGAUGACCAAAAUAAAGAUUUUAUUCAUGAUAAAGAAAUUGGCCAAAAUGAUUCAGACAAUGUUCUGAACAAGUCAUAUAUUAUGAACAAAGAUAAAUAUAAUAUAAAUCAACAAAAAAAUAAUUAUUUAUACAAAAAAUAUGAAACAAAAGAUAAUAAUUUUAUAUCCUCUUAUAAAUAUAAUACUAAUUAUGAUUAUCAUAAAGAUAUACUAAAAACGGAUACAAAUUUUGAUCAAACAAGCUACAUAAAUUAUAAUCAAAAAUUAGGAAAUAAUUUUCUGAACAGCAAUAUUAAAAAUGAAUAUAACAAUAAUAAUAAUAACAAUAGAUUGUUCAAUGCAAAUAAUAAUCUUAUGGAUAAAGCGAAUAAUCAAUAUAGUUUAGGGAAAGAAAAAAAAAAUUAUUUAUCUUAUAGUAAAUAUGAAAACAAUAAUUCUAUAGCAAAUAAGCCAUGGAAUUACAAUAAAAAUAAAGAUACACCUCUUGGAAAUAAUAUAUCACUUUUGUUAGAAAAAUUAAGUGAUUAUUCAGAAAAAAAUGAUAACCAAUAUACAAAUAUAAAUAAUUAUGAUAAAAAUAUAUCUAAUAAUAAUAACAACUAUUUUGAUGAGAAUCAUGAUUCUAAUUCUUUACAAGUUAAUACAAUAAAUUAUAAUGAUAAUAUAAAUAUAGAUACAAAUAAUAUAGUUAUAGAAAAUAAUCAUUUGUGUUUUUUUGGGCUAUCUACUUUAUAUAGAUGCAAAUUAAAAGAUCAAAACUCGUCAUUUAUUGUAAAUGUUGUUGAUUCAAUAUAUCUUAAUAGUCAAAAUGGCAAUGAUACAGUUGCUAAUAAUAUAUUAUUUCAUAAAAGGCUUAGACAUAUAAAUAUUUUGCCAUAUAAAGGUAAAGCAGCUGACAAAAAUAAACUAUAUCUAUUUUUUGAAAAUAUACGCGGGAAUAUUUUAAAAUCAUAUACUGCUCCGAUUGAAGAAAAUAUUAUUGCUUCAUAUGCAUAUCAACUUAUAGAUUUGUUGGAAUAUAUGCACACAAAUUUUGUCAUAUUUCAUGGAUUGUUUUCUAACAUAAUAUUACUUCAAAAAAAUACCAAGGAAGAAUUAGUGCAAAUUUUGAAUGAGAAAAAUAAAAAUAUUAAUAAAUAUUUUGACAUAUAUAAGCACGGAAUAAUAAAAGUCUUUAAUUUUGAUUUUUCUAAUAUAGAUGCAAAUGAAAACGAUUAUGAAUUUGACUUUUUUUGCCUGGCAACCCUAAUCUACGAAAUGUGCACAAAAUAUAAUACUUACUAUUCCAACAAAAUUGAGGGAAUGUACGAACAGAUACACAAUACAAAUUUCUUUUUCCCGCAUUUUGUUUCCUUUGAAUUAAAAAAUUUUUGUUAUGAACUAUGCUCAAAGAGAAGGCAUUGCUUUAGCGACCUCAAAAAGCACCCCUGGUUCCAAAAACAUUUUAAUUUUUAA